AGGAACACAUCCAGGAAGCUGGGCUGACAGAUAAGAGCAGGGUGAAAACGCACCGUAACAAGAAAUAAACCAGACACUAUUUCUUCUUAUUUCUAAGUUUGAAACAGAGGCUCUCUGUUUCUUUCCGUGUUUGAUCUCCAUCAGGACGUAUGGUGUCUGGACACACCAGAUCUUCAUGAUAUGGCAGGUCUCGGUGGGCCGAAGGUCUUGCUGCUUUGGGCUGGGCUGCUUGGCUUGGCCAGAUGUCAGUCAUCACAGCCGACAGACAACUCCACCUCUCAGGCUUCGAGCCAAACGGCACCACCAAACGGUAACGUAUCUCUCCCUUGCUUCCGUCUGUCUGGCACCCAGAACACUCUCACACACAAGCCCAGUGAAACGUGUUGACCCUCCUCUCUAUCUUAAUGCUGUCUUCCAUUUUGCAGUCCGUAAGCAGGCUGAGCCCUUGACAACGACACCCUCUGACCUUCCAAGCACCUCCAACCGACAAACAAACCAUUCUGCCCCAAACACUGUUGCCCCCAGCCAGGCAUUACCCGCAAGCACCUCCACCACUCAAAAUCAGUCCUUACCUACCCCACCUACCCCCAUUCCAACCUCUCUUGCAAGCACCCCUCCCAGCAUCAAGCCAGUCAUCCUCACCACAGGCACCCAGACUGCACGAAACUGCACAUAUUCGGUGGAAAACAUCGAACAUGGCUUACAGAUCAAGAUUGCCAGAUCGAAUACAUCUGACCCUGUCGACUAUGUCAUCAGUCUCACCGAGAUGUCAGGCAACAGACGGAAUUUUCAACGGAAAUGCACAGGCAUUCCAUCAGACAACUCCACUUUCAAUACACUCUGUCCGAUAUAUAUGUUGCGGCCAUGUACCAACUACAGUGUGAUGGUGAAUUAUGGAAAUGAGACCUGUGAACAAAGUGUGAAACAGACUGUUCGCACUGGUGAAAUUGUUGAAAGCGACAUCAAUCCCAAUACUGUGUGUGUCCCAGGGUAUCUUUGCUAUGAGAGUAAAUGGGAUAUUGAUGACACAAUACAAACCAAAAAGGCUUCCAUUAAAACAUGCAAUAAUACUAAUCGCAAGUGUAUCAAGUUAAACGCUGAUGACUUUUGCUCGGAACUGAAAACAUACUUCAGCUGUUUGCCUUCCAACAUUAUCAAAACACCCAUCACCCUCGAUCUAUUUGAGAGAAGUUCAGUCAACAUUGAAGUCAAAACUUCAAAUACAUUUCCUGUUCAAACAAAUUGGACUAACAAACCACAGCACUGUAACGACAGUAUAGAACUGGAUUAUUCCUGUCAGACCACAGGAAAAGGUGCAUCUAAUGUGAACAUCUCUAUGUUGGAGCCCUACACCAAGUAUGACUGUACUGGGCGUGUCAAACUCAACAAUCAGACAACAAAUAAGACCACGUCCUUUAUUGUCAACGUAGACUGCGGUUUAAAAAUUGACUUGUCUAGCCCUACCCAGAGCAAUACAUCUAUUAGCCUGAGUGGGAAGACAAGCUCUGGAAACUGCCUCAAAGAACAGCUUUUGAAGCUCUCAUACAGGGGCUGCUGUUCGCCAGUGAAGGACAAAACAGAAUGCAAGGCAGAGACAGAGCAAUAUCAACACGGCCUUGUUGAGAUCGAAGGAUUGAUAGCAUAUAAAUAUUAUAACUGUUGUGUAAAUCCAUAUUACAAUGGCCAACCAGUGAAGGAGAAAACAUGUUAUAAAAUAAAUACCAAACCUGGAAUUCCUGGAGCAGUCAAGAACCUUCAACCGACUUUGCAAGAAAACAAUUAUUACAUUAUCAAAUGUGAUGACCUAGAGAAAGAUAAAUGGAAUGGAGAGAGCAUUACAUACAUAGCCUUUCUCAAUGACGGACAGGAAAGGAAGGAAAGGAAGAACAGCAUCUGCAAAUUUCAUUUCAAAGAUCUUCGCUAUUCCACAACUUACACACUAACUGUGUUUGCUUUCAACGGGGAAUUCAACAGUACACAGACAGAAAAGAAAUUUGCCACUCGCUACAAUGACAAAGCUGCCAUCGGGAUCUUGGGUUUCUUCAUCAUCCUCACCUCCCUCGCCCUCAUCUUCGUCGUCUACAAAAUCUAUCUUCUGCAUCGCAAGAAGUUCGGCAACAACGAUGAAACUGUUGAGAUGUUUGAGCAAAGCAACGAGGACAACCUGCUGAACGUGGAGCCCAUUGUAGCAGACCUCCUCCUGGACACCUACAAGAGGAAGAUAGCAGAUGAGGGUCGACUGUUCUUAGCCGAGUUUCAGAGCAUUCCAAGGAUCUUCAGCAGCUACACAGCAAAAGAAGCCAGGAAACAAUGCAAUCACGCCAAGAACCGUUACAUCGACAUCCUGCCUUAUGAUCACAACCGCGUCCAGCUGACUUCUGGGAGAGGAGAGACAGGAUGGGACUACAUCAAUGCCAGCUUCAUUGACGGUUACAAGGAAUCAAAGAAGUACAUAGCAGCCCAGGGUCCGAAGGAAGAGACUGUAGCUGAUUUCUGGAGAAUGAUCUGGGAGCAACAGUCAUCCAUCAUCGUCAUGGUGACCCGUUGUGAGGAGAGUAACAGGAAUAAAUGUGCCCAGUACUGGCCGUCUGCUGAGCACGAGGCAGAGAUCUUCGAUGAGUUUGUGGUGAAGCUGAAUGGAGAGGACCUCUGCCCCGAUUACAUCAUCCGCCGUCUCAGCCUGACUAACAAGAGGGACAAGUCGUCAGAGAGGGAGGUGACCCACAUCCAGUUCACCAGCUGGCCGGACCACGGCGUCCCAGGGGAACCCCACCUCCUCCUCAAGCUGCGACGCCGCGUCAACGCCUUCAAGAACUUCUUCAGCGGGCCCAUCGUCAUCCACUGCAGUGCGGGAGUGGGUCGUACUGGCUCCUACAUCAGCAUAGAUGCUAUGAUGGAGGGUCUGGAUUUGGAGGGCCGAGUGGACAUCUAUGGUUUUGUGGUCGGGCUCCGCAGACAGAGGUCCCUCAUGGUCCAAGUGGAGGCCCAGUACAUUCUCAUCCACCAGGCUCUGAUAGAGUACAACCAGUUUGGGGAGACAGAGAUCCCCCUGGCCGAGUUUCACUCCACACUUUGCAGGCUCCAGAAUACAGACCCUGGCAAUGAUCCCUCCUUGCUGGAAUGCGAAUUCCAGAGACUUCCCAGGUACAAGAACUGGAGGACCUUCAACAUGGGGACCACCGAGGAGAACAAGAAGAAGAACCGUUACUCCUCAGUGAUCCCUUAUGACUACAACCGAGUGCUGGUCAAGAUGGAGGACGAGAACAGCCACGACAGUGACCAGGAGUCGGAUGAGGACGAAUCGUCGGACGAGGAGGAGGAAACUUCCUCCGUGUACAUCAACGCCUCCCAUAUAGACGGCUACUGGUGUCCACGCAGUCUCAUAGCAGCGCAGGGGCCUCUUCCCCACACCAGCGCAGACUUCUGGCAGAUGGUGUACGGGAAGAAGAGCCAUGCCCUCGUCAUGCUGUCUGACUGCACGGAGGGGAACCAGGAGUUCUGCUCGGCGUACUGGGGCGAUAGCAAGAUGACAUUUGGAGAAGUGGAGGUGGAAGUGACCGGCACAGACGUGACUGCUGCAUACACAGUGCGCACCAUGCAACUCAGACACGCCAAGAGGAAAGAGAGGAGGCAGGUGAGGCAGUACCACUUCCUGAAGUGGGCGGGGCGAGAACUCCCGGAGAACAGCCAGGAGCUGACAGACAUGAUCAGGAACAUCAAGCAGGCCUGUGGUCGGAGCCAAUCAGAGGGGAGCGGGCCUAUUGUGGUUCACUGCAAUGAUGGCUCCUCACGCUCGGGGGUGUUCUGCGCCCUGUGGAACCUUCUGGACUGUGCCGAGACUGAGAAGCUGGUGGACGUGUUCCAGGUGGCCAAAGCACUGCGUAAGGAGAGACAGGGCAUGAUCACCAAACUGGAGCAGUACCAGUUCCUCUAUGACGCUCUGGAUGGAGCGUUUCCUGUGCAGAACGGGGAAGUGAAGCAGGCCGCCCCCUCGGCCGCGUCCGUCCAGAUCGUCAACGAGACCCAGCCAGAGCCGGCAGGCAGCACCGCAGCCUCCGACCAGCAGGGGGCAGGCAGCGCCGCAGCCUCCAGCCAGCAGGGGGCAGCAGCGGCGCAGCAGGCAGAGGAGACUGUCCCCCUCGUGUCCAGUUCAGGGAAAGACAGGGGCAACUCUGAAAGCGAGGGGGGUUCUGAAGAGCCCAGGCCGCCCUCUGAGACGACCCCCCUGGAGGACACCAGCAACGGCCCUCUGGUCACUGUGGACCUGUGAGAGGCAAAGAGGAAACUAUGCUAGAGAUACAGUGUUCCAAAUAAGAGGGGACCCGUCGUGUAUAUGAGUGCUUUUUACCAUUUGUAACCUAUCUAGACCUAUCUAGGUGAAAGUAUGAAAGUUUGUGUUUAAAAUAGACUACUGAAAUCUUACUGUAGGAUAUGAGUUUGCUUGGCUUCAUGGCUUGAUGAAUGUAUGUAAACGUACUUAUGUUUGUAGAUUUAUAUACAUUGUUUAUGUAUAAUGUGCAUGUUUUUAUGUUUUAUAUGGAAUUCUAUACUAUAGUGUAAUUUUGUGACUUGGCAGAUUUUAAUUUGAAAACUAAAUUAUAAGUUAGGUUAUCCUAAUUGUACUUAAACUUCCAAAAUGGUUUGUUGUAUUUUUUCAAGCAAAGUGAAACUAACUUUGCACUACUUGCUGUUUUCAAACUAUGAGAUGUUUCAUCAAACAUUGAUGUUACAAAAUUACAAAAAUGCGUUUUAUGUAGUUAAGCUUAAAUAGUUGGUUGAUAAGACAAUAUGCUUUUCUGUACUGCAGUACAUUUCUAUAGAAAUAAAAAUUAUACAAAAUUA